UCCACAAACCCCAUCUUCAGUAGUCUUCAGUUUCUUUUCUCCGCCACCACACAAACAUAUUCUUCCUUCUUCUCACAUUCUUCUUCGUAAUUUCGUAUUCCAUACUCUCUAUUUAUACAAACAUUUCAUUCGACCUUUCUCUCUAUUCAUUGCCUCCUCUCAAUCCCCUAACAAUUUCUCCAAAAUAUUGUCUUUUUCUUCUUAUUCCACACGAUUCUUCUUCUCGGUUCCUAAAUUUGAUUUACAUUUAUUGAUUAGUAUUGAAUUUUCUUUAUAGAAGUUUAAAUGGCGCUUGCGUAUGAUCCUCUCUUCAUUACAUCCGACAAAUCCCCCAUCGAUGUCCCCUCGCCGCCGCCGCCUUCGAUGACAUUAACCCAAGACGAGCUCAAACGAAUCGCCGCUUACAAAGCCGUCGACUUCGUCCAAUCCAACAUGGUCCUCGGCCUCGGCACCGGCUCCACCGCCAAACACGCCGUCGACCGCAUCGGCGAGCUUCUCCGGCAAGGCAAACUCGAGAACAUCGUCGGGAUACCCACGUCCAAGAAGACGCAGGAGCAGGCUCUCUCCCUCAACAUCCCUCUCUCCGAUCUCGACGCGCAUCCCGUCAUCGACCUCUCCAUAGACGGCGCCGACGAGGUCGACCCUUGUCUCAACCUCGUGAAAGGACGCGGAGGGUCUCUGCUCCGGGAGAAGAUGAUCGAAGGAGCUUCCAAGAAGUUCGUGGUGAUCGUCGACGAGUCGAAGAUGGUGAAACAUAUAGGUGGAAGCAAGAUGGCUCUUCCGGUGGAGACUGUGCCUUUCUGCUGGAAGUUCACGGCGGAGAGGCUAAGGAGAGUGAUGGAGGGUUACGGCUGCGAGGCGAAGCUAAGGUUGGGGGAGAAAGGGAAGGCUUUUGUGACGGACAAUGGGAAUUAUAUUGUGGAUAUGUAUUUGGAGAAAGAUAUGGGAGAUUUGAAUGCGGUGAGUGAUGAGAUUCUGAGGCUACCUGGAGUCGUGGAGCAUGGGAUGUUUCUUGAUAUGGCUUCCACUGUUAUCAUUGCUGGUGAGCUUGGUGUCAAGAUCAAGAACAAACACAGCUCCUAUUGAUCUUCUUGUUUAGGUGGGUAUUUGGAGAAGGAGAGGAUUACUUUGAUAUAUGAUGUCACUGUGAGGAGGAGAUUUGACCUUUCUUUCGCAGAGUUUUGGAUACUUGAUCAUCAUCAUCUGAAUCUUUAUGUGUCACCCGUCACUUUCAAAAUAUAAUAAAUUGAUAA